AUGAGACCUCCCAGCCCUCUGGUGAUCCUGCUGUACGUCACGCUGUCCAGGAGUCUAAAGGUGGUCUCUAAGAGAGGCUCAGUGGAUGGCUGUACAGAUUGGUCAGUGGACUAUCUAAAGUAUCGAGUGCUACAGGGUGAGCCGGUGCGGCUAAAGUGUGCUCUGUUCUAUGGUUAUAUCCGGGCAAACUACAGCCAGGCACAGAGUGUGGGCCUCAGCCUCAUGUGGUACCGCAGCUCUGGCCUUGGCCACAGUGACUUUGAAGAGCCCAUCUCUUUCGAUGGCGUGCGCAUGAGCAAGGAGGAGGACGCCAUCUGGUUCAGACCUGCUGACCUCCAGGACGUGGGCCUCUAUUCCUGUGUUUUACGAAACUCCACAUACUGCAUGAAGGUGUCCAUGUCUCUCACUGUGGCAGAGAAUGACACAAACCUAUGCUACAACUCCAACAUGAGACGAGCUGAGAAGGCUGAGCUCAGCAAGACUAAAGAUAUCCUCUGUCCUGACAUUGAUGACUAUGUUGAACCCGGCAAAGACCCAGACAUUACCUGGUACAAGGAAUGCCAUCCAAAGCAGUGGCGUGCCAGCAUCAUCCAGAAGAGAGAUAUUCUGUCUUUCCAGGAGGUAAAAGAAGAUGACAUUGGAAAUUACACCUGUGAAGUCCAGUUUGGGGGCUUUGUGGUCAGGAGGACAACUGAGCUCACAGUCACCGCUCCUUUGACCGACAAGCCGCCAAAGAUCCUGUUUCCUUCAGAAAACAAGAUUAGCAACAUGGAGCUGCAGCUAGGAAGUGCUUUGAACCUGACUUGCCGGGCGUUUUUCGGAUACAGCGGCGACGCCAGCCCACUCAUCUACUGGAUGAAGGGAGAGAAGUUCAUAGAGGAUCUGGAUGAAGAGAGAGUCCAGGAGAGUGAAAUCAAGAUUGUCAAGGAGCAUCUUGGCGAGCAGGAAGUGGCCAUAUCCUUGACAAUUGAUUCACUGGAGGAGGAGGACCUAGGAAAUUACUCCUGUUACGUGGAAAAUGGUAAUGGCCGUCGCCAAGCUACCAUCCAGCUCUUCAGGCGAGCAGAGCUCAUGUACACCGUGGAGCUGGCAGGAGGGCUUGGAGCAAUCUUGCUGCUACUCAUCUUCCUCAUCUCUCUAUACAAAUGCUACAAGAUUGAGCUGAUGCUUUUCUAUCGGAGGCACUUUGGCAGCGAGGACGUGGAUGGAGAAAACAAAGACUAUGAUGCGUACCUGUCCUACACCAAAGUGGACCCUGACCAGUGGAGUCAGGAGACCAGGGAGGAGGAACGCUUUGCCCUGGAGAUUCUCCCUGAUGUGCUGGAGAAACAUUACGGCUAUAAACUCUUCAUCCCAGAUCGAGACCUCAUUCCAACAGGAAGUCUCACCAAUGAGCAUUACCAGGAUGACACACGACUCUUUGGAGCCUACAUAGAGGACGUGGCACGCUGCGUAGAUCAGAGUAAGCGCCUCAUUAUAGUUAUGACACCCAACUAUGUCGUGCGGCGAGGCUGGAGCAUCUUUGAGCUGGAGACCCGGCUGCGCAACAUGCUGGUGACCGGCGAGAUCAAGGUCAUCCUGAUUGAGUGUGCCGAGUUGCGCGGCAUCAUGAACUACCAGGAAGUGGAGGCUCUCAAGCAUACCAUUAAAACCCUCACUGUCAUCAAGUGGCGCGGCCCCAAGAGCAACAAGCUCAGUUCCAAGUUCUGGAAGCAGCUGCAGUACGAGAUGCCGUUCAGACGCACAGAGCCCAUGCUCACCCAUGAGCCGGCGCUGGACGUCAGUGAGCAGGGCCCCUUCGGAGAGCUGCAGACCGUCUCUGCCAUCUCCAUGGCAGCAGCCACCUCCACCGCCAUGGCCACCGCCCACCCAGAGCUGCGUUCGUCUUUCCACAACACCUACCACACCACCAUGAGGCAGAAACACUACUACCGCAGCUACGAGUACGACAUACCCCCAGGAGGGACCCUGCCACCUCUCUCCUCUCUAGGGAACCAGCACACCUACUGCAACAUCCCACUAACACUGCUGAACGGACAGAGGCCUCCUGGGAAGAGCCGAGAGCACAGCCUGGAGGAGGCACACGCUAACAACGCCAUGCUCCCUCUGCUGCCAAGAGAAACCAGCAUCUCCAGCGUCAUCUGGUAG